CGUUUUUUGCGAACAACGGUGAACGGGUGAAAUUUCACCCUCCUAUAGGUUUUCCAACGGACCAAAGUGAGACCCUCAGCAGGGACCUGGAACAAUCUACUAUCGGGAGAGAAAGAGAGAAGGUAGAGACGGAGAGGAUGAAGCCAAGGAAGGUGGUACUCUUCCCCACUCCAGUCGCCGGUCAUAUCGUCGCCAUGAUCGAGCUCGCCAAGCAGAUUCUCCGCCAUUCCUGCAGUACUCUCUCGAUUACCAUCCUCCAGAUCAGCGCCCCUUCCGCCUCCCCGCUCAACUCCGCCGCUGCCUCCACCCACGCCCAAGCCGUCGCCGCCUCCGGUCUCGACAUCGACUUCGUGGAGCUCCCACCAACACCAUCCGAUGACGCCCCAGAAGGGGGGGGCCUGAUUCCGACCCUGCAAUACAUAGAGUCACAGAAGUCCUCCUUAUCAAAGGCCCUCGGCUCUAUCUCUGCUGCCGCCACCGUUUGCGCUAUCGUCGUUGACGUGCUCUGCCUUGGCGUCUCAGACGUUCCGGCUGAAAUCGGCAUCCCCACCUAUGUCCUCUAUACCUCCGGCGCUGCCAUGCUCGCCUUCCUGCUCUACUUGCCGGAGCUCCACCGGAAGCACGCCUGUGAUUUCAGAGACCUGAAGGAGAUCUUGGAGAGUCCCGGUCGAUGCCCGUUCCCUGCUUCUGCCAUACCGGCUCUGAUGCGAGAGAAGAACAACCCGACCCACCAGUGGUUCUUGAGGGCCUCGGAACUUUUCUCCAGGGUGGACGGCGUGCUGGUCAACACCUUCCGAGAGCUGCAGCCCAGAGCCAUCAAGGCGUUGAAGGACGGGCUCUGCAAGCCCGGGCUCCGGACACCACGCGAUUUUCCGAUCGGGCCCCUCCUCGGUCUUGGACCCGCAACCGAGUCUCCGGAUCACGAGUGCAUCAAGUGGCUCGACCGGCAGCCGCUGGCGUCGGUCGUCUUCCUCUGUUUCGGCAGCAUGGGCGCGUUCCCUGCGGAGCAGAUCGCCGAGAUCGCUCGAGGGCUCGAGGGAAGCGGGCAGAGGUUCAUGUGGUCGAUGCGCAUCCGGCCAAAGGGCGCUUCACAGUUCUCCGAGCCCAAGGACGUGGACCCGAGCGAGGUGCUGCCGGAGGGGUUCUUGAGACGGACAAAGGAGAAGGGACUAGUGUGGCCGAAGUGGGCGCCGCAAGUGGCCAUUCUGUCGCACCCCGCCGUCGGGGGAUUCGUUUCCCACUGCGGGUGGAACUCGACGCUGGAGAGCGUGUGGUUCGGCGUGCCGAUGAUCGCGUGGCCGCUGUACGCCGAGCAGGGCAUGAACGCCUUCGAGCUGGUCAAUGACUUGGGGCUGAGCUUGGGACUCAAGAAAGAAGAGGAAGGAGGUGAGCUGGUCAAGGGAGAAGAACUGGAGAAGGCAGUGAGGAGCCUGAUGGAAGGAGAGGAAGGGAAGAAGGUGAGGGAGAAGAUGAAGGAGGCGAAGAACAUGGCAAGAAAGGCAGUGGAAGAAGGAGGGUCGUCGUAUUCGGCUCUGGCUUCGUUGGUUCAGGGAUGGACCAAUGGCCAUUGAGAUAGGGCCUUCAUUGAGGUAAGCAUCUGCCACAUGCAGAUGUCACGUUGGUUACGAAGAUAUUAUUUGGACUAUGAGACAAUUUGUAGCUUUCAUAAUUUCAGUUUUUGGCAAUCAAAACAUGUUCAGUCUACACGACAAAAAAACUCCCAUUUUGUCUGUUCU